GACCCCGAAAGUUCAAAGUUCAAAACCGAUUGUUUACAUCUGGAAACGAUCGAACGAAUGUGAUCGAUACUUUUAGCAGGAUUUACAGUGGAAAAAUGAGCAGCCUUCAGACAGAGGAGGUGCAGAGACAGCUGAGGCAGGUGCUGAACAGAGACAAGGUCAAACUGUGGGAGUCUCCCUACAGCAGAGAGGACGGCACAGCUGACCAGAUACCUCAGAAUUUGAUACUGAAGUAUUCGGAGGAGUUGAGGUUGUCCCAAGAUGUGGUGGCAGCCAACAUGGAGGAACUACGACUUCACGCCGUGAGGAAGCUGGCUUCCAGGCGCAAGUUCCAGACCUCGGGCAUCGCUACGCUGAAGGUCAAACUGGCUGGGAAGGGGAACCUCAAAUGCAGCAGUUUUGAGGUGGAGACGACUUUGCAGAUAUUGGGGAAGGACUUCAAGAAACUCUUGUCUGAGAAGUGUGGUCUCACAGCAGACCAUCUGAAGCCCAUUGCAGUAGGCAGAGUCAUAAAAGAUGAUGUACCGCUGUCAUCUCAACACAUCGCAAACAACGCUCAAGUCCUGGUCAUCUGUCUGUCUGAGAGUGAGGCUGAGGCCCAGCAGAGGGAGGAGCAGAUGUCAAAGGUCAGACGAGCGCGGGAGGGUGCGGAGCUGUUGGCCAACUCACUCGCUGGAGAUGAUGACAUGGACCAUGACGGUCACCAGUACGGGCUGCAAAUCGCCGACCAGUCCGGUCGGGCUCUCCAGAUCCCGCGGGAGGAGAAGCGGGCGCUGACGGUUGCCAUGGCACUAAACGAGCGAGGGAAGGCGGCGCUGAAGAGGAAACAGUACGGAGAGGCUCUGCUGCUCCUGCUGGAGGCUGAUCGAGAAUUCCAGCAGUGUAGAUCAGAGAUCCUUCAGGCGGUGGAUAACUAUGCUGUCCUGUGUCUGGACAUCGUGUGGUGUUAUCUGUGUCUGAAAAACGUCACGUCUCUGCCUGACGCAGAGAACAGGCUACAGAAGUGUGAACAACUGUUCCACAAGAGCUACGGCAACAACCUGGAGAGACUCACAACUGUGAAGGGAAGCAGUGGUCAAGAAAAGGCUCUGUUUGUACGAUUACACCUUCUGCAAGGCGUGGUGUUCUUUCAUCAGGGGCGUAGGAACCAGGCAGUGGCAGAACUGGCUAAGGCGGAUGCAUUCCUUCGACAGUUGCAAGUUGAUGAGUCCAAGCUAACGGAGCUGAUGACCAUGGGCUUCAGUAGUGCAGAGGCCAGACUGGGCCUGCGAGCCUGCAGCAACAAUGUACAGGCUGCAGUCACACAUAUCAUGCAGAAACAAGAGGAAAGAAGAGAGAUUAAGAAGAAAGAGCGUGAGGAGAGAAGACAGAAGAAGCUAGCGAGGAAGCUGGGGAAGACGGCCAGUGGUGACUGGGUGAAGGUGGACCUGUACGAUGCCCUGGUGAACAUGGGUUUUCCCAGGGGAGGAGCUGUAGCAGCUCUACAACAGACAAACAACAACAUCCAACAGGCAAUACAGGUUCUACAGGACCAGCCAGAGCUUCUGACCCUGCCUGACCCUGACCCCAGUCCUGUGUCUAUUACUGAUGAAAUGUUGGCUCAGUUGGUGUCCCUUGGGUUUGACCCAGAGAUGUCGAGACGGGCGCUGCAGUCCUGCCAGGGGGUGGCACAGAGAGCCAUCGACAUGCUGCUGCAGAGCGGAGGAGUUCUGCCAGAGGUCUCUUCUGCAAGCAGCAGCAGCUCAGCAUCCUCCGGCUCUUCCACGUCCUCAUCUUCCACCACUCCCUCCUCCUCAUCUUCAUCAUCAGACGCCUCCCCGGCUAAAUCUCCAGAGGAGCUACAGAGAGAGAAGGAAGCCUACGAGGAACUUGCCUCAGACCUGGCAGACCAGGAAGACUACUUAGACUUGACCCUGGAGGAGGAGUCAGUCUUCCUUCAAGAGUAUCGGGCACUUCUGGAGUCAACGCUGUCCUUCUGAAUACAUGUGAUAC